AUGUCGGAUAUUUACUUCGGGACGUCCACGUCAUUGAACCGGGUUUCGUUUCUGAGAAGCGACUCCAAGUUUGUGUCUUCCCUGAUUAGCGGAACCGGCACCACCAGAUUGACAUUCUAUGUCCAGGGUGAUAAGAACGAUGUUGCACCUGUUUUGGUAGAUACAGAGGGCAAAUCCAAACUGCUAGUUGUGGAAUUGGCAUCUUUGCCUGCGCAUCUAAUUGCCGUUCUUGAACAAUGGGCAGAGCGAAAUGACCAGUCCAGUGUGGAUGUGCGUGAAGAGAUCACCGCGGUUUUCCUAGGUCUGGAUGAAACCGGAGCGGAGAGGCCACAUUUGUUCAGCUCUAACCCUUUGGACUCUCAACUCCGGGUUUUUGGGAAUUCUGCUAAAGGAAUCACCAGACACCGCUAUAAUGGCUAUGAGGGAGUGGCCUACCUAGCAGUUGACAUAACUCGCUCGCAACAGCUCAAGGAUUAUCUGUUUGCCGGAUCAGCUUCCGAUGGUGCAAAAGCCUACCCAGGACACUCUAUGAUGAGUAUUCUCGGAUUUGAGUACAACGAAGCGGCUCUGUUUGGUUAUGGAAAGACAUAUCUCGACUGGCUGAUGCGCAACCAAAGGUGUCCUGGAUGUGGAAGUGUAGUGAUCCCGCAGGAUGCGGGUACACGUCUCUAUUGUACCUCAGGACCAGAUCAAUCGUGUCCUGUUAAGCGUACAAGUGUCAACAACGUGUGUUUCCCUAGAUCGGAUCCUGUGGUUAUUAUUGGGGUUGUUUCUGCGGACGGGUCCAAGACUCUGUUGGGGCACAAUAGGCGCCAUGCUGCUGACCCUGUAACUGGAGUUCGCAUGUUCUCAACUAUUGCUGGAUUCAUGGAACCUGGUGAAACGAUUGAAGAGGCUUCUAUUCGUGAGAUAUGGGAAGAGACUGGAUGUAAGGCUUCUGCUGUGAAGAUUAUCAACUCGCAACCGUGGCCGUUUCCCGCUAGUCUGAUGAUUGGGUGUGUUGCUGAAGUUGAAUUCAACGGGGUUAACGAAGUUAUCAACAUUGAACACGACAAAGAAAUGGAGGAGGUCAAGUGGAUCGACACUGCUCUUAUCAAGGACAUUACUGAAUCAGAAGAUCUUACCGGAAAGGAUGGUACGGAGGCAGAAAAGAUCCGUCUUCCAUUCCGCCAAAGCAUUGCGUAUUCCUUGAUCAGCAAGAUUGCUCACGGGGAAUGA